UAUGCUACCACUUCAUCAUGAUCAAAAGUAAAACGUGAAUCUAAGACACCUGCUAUUUGAUCAUAUCCUGAGAUUCUGUCUGAGCAACAUUGGCCGCUGCAUCUUGCCGGGUCGCUGUUGCUGACCGCUACAUUCUACCAAGCUCCGCCAAGAUGGAUGCUCUCAUAAAAGAGUUCAGGAAGGCAUACGCCGAAGAACGCGGCAACGACCUUGCCAGAACACUCACACCUGAUCUGACAGAAGCCCCUAGCAAGUUGUUGGCCGUCUGGGAAAGUGCUAAAAACGCCCAAUCUAUCAAAGAUGAUUUACAAUUCCUCUUUGUCCGGGAUAAGUCAGUAAAGCUAGGAAUAUCGCGGGAAGAGUCUCAAGGCUGGCAGGAGGUGUAUUUGGCAUACUGGAAGGCCCUCGGUGAGAUCCUGGCUGUUGAAGGUCAGAGACGAGAUGGUGCAAAGUCGUCAUGGACAAAGGUGUACGAAACGUGGAAGGACUUCACCCUUCAAAUCAUCCGAGGUUACACAAACCAUGAGUUCGAAAAUUGGACGAUCCCUUGUCUUUAUGUCGCUGGCAGGUUUAUGAGACUCUAUGCAAUCCGAGCAGACGCCGAAAGGGCUACCACUGGUGGCAACGAUGAUGCCGUCAUCAACUUUCAAGACGAUUUUGACCCAGAGGCCGAAAAGAACAAGUCUCUGGAAGACUGUGCCCGGCAUCUGAACCGUAUCUUCACGACGUGCUUGAGCGAUAGAGCACCGCUGGCUGAGUCUCGGAAAUGGGGUAUUUAUUAUGCUAUCAAUCUCCUUUUCAAGACGCACUUCAAACUCAACUCGACAUCCCUAUCAAGGGUUGUCUUGAAGUCUCUAUCUGCUGGUCGUGGAGACAUGCCUGAACUUGAUAGUUUCCCCAAAUCCCAGCAAGUUACUUUCAAGUACUACGAAGGCGUACUUGCCUUUCUCGAGGAGAACUACGUCGAGGCUGAAAAGCACUUAACUGCUGCUUGGCAAAUGUGCCAUAAAGACGCGACGCGAAAUCUAGAGCUUAUAUUAACUUACCUUAUUCCGUGUCAUCUUCUGACGACGCAUACGCUGCCAAGUGCUAAGCUUCUGGAAGCCUUUCCCAGACUACAAAAGCUAUUCCUCAAACUGGCUGUUGCGAUUAAGAAGGGAGAUCUCAAAGCUUUCGAUCAAGCACUCGUCGAAGGUGAGGACGAAUUUGUGAAGCGGCGGAUUUAUUUGACACUUGAGCGUGGCCGUGAUAUCGCAUUACGUAACCUCCUUAGGAAAGUUUUCGUUGCUGGAGGGUUCGAGGAUGCCAAAGAAGGACAGGAUGCUGUGCGGCGUACUAGGAUACCAGUUGCCGAGUUCGCCGCAGCAAUGAAGCUUAGCAGUGGACAAGCGAUUGAUACCGAUGAAGUCGAGUGUCUAAUGGCAAACAUGAUCUAUAAGAACCUGAUGAAAGGCUACAUCGCGCACGAGCGUGGUAUCGUCGUCCUAAGCAAAAACGGAGCGUUUCCCGGCACAAAUGUGUAAUUUAGCGAGGACCAUAUGAAAGUAUACACAUCCCCUUGAAGCGACGAGCUUCGCCUAUUCAAAACCGCCUUUGUUGGGGAGAAAAGUGUAAUGACGCGCGUGAGACAAUUUGCGCGAUACUGGUAUUAUUUAGGUACCAGUGAAGCAGUUAGGGAUUCUCAAACGAUAGCAAUCUCAAUAUCUGAAGCCUAAUUCACCGCUGCGUCUUCCGCAUUGAUAUCGAGUCAAAUAGAGGUUUUAGAAAGUUUAG